GUUCGCGUUCCCUUUGUUUUUCACGCGACGCGUUUUUCAUUUGGUUGUGGAUGUCACUCGUACCCAUGGCGACGAAAUAAGCUUUUUGAAAGGGGAGCAUUCGAACAAACUUGUCGACUUCCAACCGCACACAGUUGGAAGAAACUUGGGAAAUCGGCUCAAUUGGAUAUGUAUUGCGCUCCCGAGUCUGUAAGUUGUCGUCGUAAGCAAUAAUUCUUCUUUCACUCAUUACAGGCUCUUCAAUUGUGCUAUCUUCGCACUAUCCGUCCCGCAGUCGCCCCAAUCAGUCAUUUUUAGUCUCGUCCCUCGCAGAGACGAACACGAGCUGUUGUCUCGUUAACAUUCGAUAACCUGCGUUAUACCUCCGAUAGCGUUGCAUCGCAAACACUCGCUAAACCGGCGCACUAUGCUUUACCCUUACUACCCGCUAUAUCGUGCCUUCCAUCGGUCCAUCGCUAUCUGUGCUGGAGCUGUUCACCACCAACCGUAGACUCAUUCACAUAGGAUGCGCCUUCAGGCCGGCGUUGUUAUCACUGCGGGGAAACGAACUGUGUUGGCGCGCAUGCAGAUAUGAGAUAGUUGCCCUCUGGACCUCGUCUCAUAUGUGCAGUGACAGACAGAUGCACUCGGGAUUACGUCAAAAUGUCCCCUGUCGUUCAGUCUAGAAGCCCCGAUGUAUUCGCAGUACACUGAUAUCUCUGGUAUUCUAAUUCUGCAAUGCUGGUCAAUCAGGGAUUCAAAAGUAUAAAUGUGCAAUUGCGUGCACCUACUAGAACUCAACACCAAUUCCUGCCUUUACAGUUUCAAAACUUGUACCGGUUUUCCACCGACAACCUUCGUUUCCAACUGUUCGGAUCUGUCUCAUCAAGCAGAUCUAUUUGUUCCCUAUUUCAUUCGCCUCCAACGCGCUUAAAAGCUUAUUCUUCUAACAUUCCCCACACUUUUCAUUUCGACAAUAUGCCUAGCGAACACUCUAUCAAGAACCUCGACCUUUUUGACUUGGCCGACAGAGACUAUGCACGCUCGUUUGUGAACGGAAAGUGGAUUUCUUCGAAAACAGGAAACACAUUCGAAGUCACAAACCCCGGAACAUGCGGUACCGUUGGCUCGUUGACGGACAUGUCGGUUGAUGAGACUAAGGAGGCCAUUUCUCUCGCUCAUGAGGCUUUCCUUUCGUUCAGAAAAUCCAGCCCCAAGGACCGCGGUGCCAUGCUGAGACGCUGGUACGACUUGAUGAUUGAGAAUGCUGAAGACCUCGCUCAAAUGCUCACACUCGAGAAUGGAAAGGCUCUGUGUGAUGCCCGGGGUGAGAUAACUUACGCAGCCAGCUUUCUCGACUGGUUCUCCGGUGAGGCCGUCCGUAUCUACGGUGACAGUGCUGUCGCCUCUAACCCUUCCAACCGUGUGUUUACCGUAAAGCAGCCUGUCGGCGUUGUGGGCAUCAUCACACCAUGGAACUUCCCUGCCGCUAUGAUUACUCGUAAAAUUGGCGCUGCUGUUGCAGCUGGCUGCACAGUCGUCAUCAAACCCGCUAGUGAGACGCCCUUUACAUGUGUCGCUCUGGCGAAGCUGGCUGAAAAGGCCGGUGUGCCCGCUGGUGUCAUUAACGUGAUCACUGCACGCACUUCUCGUACACACGGACUGGAGCUAACCACGAACCCGUUGGUGCGCAAGGUUUCGUUCACCGGUUCCACCGGUGUAGGCAAGGCUUUGAUGCAGCAAAGCUCGUCAACACUCAAGAAGCUCUCUCUUGAACUCGGAGGUAAUGCUCCUUUCAUCGUGUUUGACGACGCAGACUUGGAGAAGGCCGCCGACGCUUUGGUUGCCUGCAAGUUCCGCGGUAGCGGACAAACCUGUGUGUGUGCGAACCGUGUCUACGUGCAAGCUGCUGUGUACGAUGCGUUCGCUACACUGCUUACUGAACGUGUUUCCAAGUUUAAGUUGGGCUAUGGUCUCGAUGCUGGCGUUACCCAUGGUCCUUUGGUGAACGGAAAGUCUGUUGCCAAAGUGAAGGAACACGUCGAGAAUGCUGUUUCCAAUGGAGCUCGUGUGCUUAUUGGUGGCCGUGUGGCCGAGGAGCUUGGUCCUAACUACUUUGAACCCACUGUGCUUGCUGGUGUUACGCAAGAUAUGCAAAUUGCCCAUGAUGAAACAUUUGGACCCGUUGCAGGUCUCAUUCAGUUUGACACGCAGGAGCAAGUGAUGGAGUGGGCAAACAAUGCCGAUGUUGGUCUCGCUGGUUACGUCUUCUCGAGCAACGUUUCUCGUAUUUUCCAAGUCGCUGAGACGCUUGAAGUUGGAAUGAUCGGUUGCAACACUGGUAUGAUUUCCGACGUUGUCUCUCCAUUUGGCGGUGUUAAGGAAAGCGGUUUUGGACGUGAAGGCAGCAAAUACGGUGUGGAAGAGUACAUGAACAUCAAGUCCAUUACUUUGUCUCUUGCCUAAAUGCAAGUUGUCUUUUAGAAAUACUUACUAGACGGAUGAAAUGAUUACGAUUUUUUUAUUAGAGAAAAAGUAACGGUGACUUAUGGAGUAGAGGUUUUAGCACAUGCUGUUCAACGAAAGGAUGAC